AUGAACAACAAUUCAAUUAAUAAAGAUUUUGAAAAUCUUAACAUCAGCUCUGAUGCCGACCCCAAUAAGGCAAACGAAGUUAAGGAGCCGUCCAAGAAGCAGAACGUUUGGAAGGGUCGAUCGAGAGCAACUGGACACAACACUGUGGAAGCUAAACAGAACGACAUUGCUGGCGAGUCUGAAGCCUGGCCCGUUCCUUCUGCAAGUAGAGUUAAUGCUCCGGUUGCUUCAAGCUCUGCUACUGAGCGUCCAAGAAAACGUAAUAAUGUAAAAUGGGUUGCGGCUGAUUUGCCUUUCGGACGAGGGGGUUCUCGAAACUCUCAAACCCCAUCCGCAACUGAUCACGGAGCUAGUAACUACCGUGGUGGAGGUCGUGCGUUUGGACGUCGAGGAUCGAUCAAUGGGCCAAUGCCCACUCGAGGACACGGUCGUAAUGUCAAUGGAGAUUUUAGGCGUCCACGUCAAUCAAACGAUGAAAACGUUAAUAAUUCUCUCGAAAAUGCGUCUGCUGCUGUUGCAACCAAUUCAAGUCAAGAGAACGCACCAAAACCCGUUUCGGUGUCUGCUGCUGCUGCUCUAUCUACCGUGAAUUCUCGAGGUUCAUAUCAACCACGAUUUCGUCGUGGAGGAGCGAAUAGAGGAGCUUCUGCUGGUAAUCGAUUCCCACAGCCUAUUCCCAAUUCUACUAUUGGAGCUGAUGGUUUGGGUGGUGCUAAAAUUAAACCUACACUAACAGCAAUUCAUCCUAGUGGACAUUUGCCUCUCUUCUAUCCCAAUCCUCCUGUUCCACUUCCUCCAAGUUUAUCACAAAGUGUCUUAAUUCGACCUCGUGAAACUGCCGUUUUGGACAAUGGGAUUCCUCAUGCUAUGCAACAAGUAAAUGAGGGUGGCCUUUACGUUAAUACUGCUUCUGCUAAUGCCAAUGUCCAAAGUGUACCAUCUGUUCAAUCCCAGGCAAGUCCCUCAAGGUCGGUGCUUACCUUGGAAGAGUUUGUGGGGAUUGUCAAAUCAAAUCUUGAUGCAGUAAUUGCACCUCAGGCUUUUGUAAAUCACAAACAUGUGAAGGAUCAGCUACAGUCCGUACAAGUUCCAGUUGGUGCAAUUAAUGUGAAUUUGAAGGUCGAUGAUUCUCUCGUCUAUAUUAGAGAAGAAAUUUAUCUUGCUCUCAAUACGUCCUAUACUAAGAUGAUGAAAUUCAAGAAUCGGCUAGACUUUAUCAACCAUCAUAUAAAUCACUGGUUCUCAGAAAAUAAUUUGAAGGGUGACAGGUUCUUAUACUGCCUUAUUUCGGAGAAGAAAGGAAUAUGCCCGUUCUCCCGUUUGUUGCAAUUCAAACGUUUAAGGAUUGUUAGUACUGAUAUUGCAGACCUUGUUCAAUUUGGCACUCCAGAAAAUAAUGUGGAAGUCACUUACGAUGAUGCAAAUGCUCCAAUGGGUUAUCGACUUUUAAUACCACUGCCAACGGAAGUUACAUUUAAUCUUAAUACUGCUGAUUCUACAUCACGUCCUCAAUCUGCUGUGGACAUACCUAACCCUCCAAGUAACGCAUCUCAAACUGAGUUCCAACCACUUCCUAUAAACUAUCCUUACCAUAAUUACAUUCCUAAUGUUCCGACUCAACCGAUCCCUGGUAAUUUUCCGACUGGUGCUGUAUUCAUGGAUCCUAAUGCCUCUGGAUUUAAUUAUCACCCUGAGUCCCUAGGAAAUAAUGCUUAUUCGGGAUAUGUAUGGGGACAGAAUUACCCACCUCAUUCCCAUGUGCCCUAUAUUCCCACAUUGCCGACUCCUGGUGCUAAUGCUUUUCCACAUACGCGAUUUCCUUUGUUUCCUCCCAUGCAAUAUCCUACAAAUGGGCCCUCUUCGUCUUUUGUUUAUAUUCCAAGCCCUCUCACUGUAAUAGGUCCACGAUCAGCCUUGAAUACGGGAGUGGUUCGUCCUCUUGCGACACCUGGAAACCAACCAGGUACCACUGAAAGCCCUCCUCAGGAUGGCAACCCUGAUUCGAGUCAAUAG